AUGGAAUCUUUGAAACAUUUGGAACCUCGCAAAGUCAAAACUCGUUCUCGUUCUAAAUGUGAUAAAGUUGAGAGUGAAAACAGCUCAGAAUCUAGUUCUGAUGAAGAACCCUUUUAUGAUUAUAAUGUAUAUUUUGAUAAUCAAUAUGAAUCUGAAUCAUCAUCCAAUAUGAAAUCUCAUGUAGAUCAAUCUGUGUCUAGUAUAAUUGAUUCUGAUCUUUCUGUGGAAGCUUUGGAAUUUGUGCCAAGAUCAGAUAUAUUAGAUAGAGCUCAAGUGAUCGAGGAAUCUAAUAGUGAUGUGAAAAAUUCUGAUCGUAGUGAAAUAGAUCAAGUUGAUAAUAUCACUGAAAACCUUGUUGAAGAUGAAUCUAGUAUUUCAGAUCAUAGUAAUGUGCCUAUAUAG